AUGGAAACCACCAAAGCUGUUGCACAGUUUCAACUUGUACCAUUUGUUCUUCUCUUCUUGUUAGCCAUUCUCCCUAACCCAACUUUAUCUGCGCCGUUCGGGUUUCUUCAAGAGCUAGAAGGAACUCACAUUGGCCAGAUCGCACCAGGUUUGCAUAAUGUUAAGAAAUAUCUUAAACAAUUUGGAUACUUGAAUGGUGGGAAUCCUAGUGCAGUUCAUGCAUACGAUGACGUGUUUGAUAGCGUCUUAGAUUAUGAAAUCAAAUCUUAUCAACUCAACUACGGUAUAGAUGCCACUGGGAGUUUAGACGCCGAAACAGUGAAACAAAUGAUGAUGCCUCGAUGUGGAAGAGCAGACGUCGUCGACGCUCCGGCUUUCCUGGGAUCCGAAAGGAGGAAGAAGAUUAAGCAAGAUGAAGUUACAGCUAGGUCGACCCCAGAAAAAUGGUCAAGUGCUCACCUCACUUAUCGAUUUAGCAAUGCCUAUAAUAUCUCAGACAAAGUAGACAACCAAACCCUAAGAGCUGCCGUUACGCAAGCUUUUGUGAAAUGGGAAGGUGUGAGUAAUUUCAAGUUCACAGAGGAGACCGAUGGUGAUUUAGCUACUGACAUGGUUAUUGGAUUCCACAAAGGUGAUCAUGGUGAUGCUUCUAGCUUUGAUGGUCAAAUGGGAGUGAUCGCCUACGCAUUUGCACCAAAUGAUGGAAGGUUUUACUACGACGCGGAUGAUAAAUGGAGUACCAGUCCAGGGUCUGACGCGAUGGACUUAGAAUCUGUUGCUGCGCAUGAAAUUGGGCAUAUGUUAGGUCUAGAACAUAUUUUUAAGCCUAACGCAAUCAUGUAUCCUGUGUUCUCACCUGGAACCACCAAGAGGCAAGUGCAACAAGACGACGUCAAAGCCUUACGAGCUAUAUACGGGUCCUGA